GGGAGAGCAGGCUAGGAGAGACAGGGGGCUGCAGGCACGGUAGCAGCAGGUUUACGAGAGGCAGGCAGGGAGCCCCCGGUGGCAUGGGAGGAGUUAAGUGCUGGUGCUGCCGUGGCGAUGCAGCUUGUUGAAUGAUCUCACAGCUGCUCCGUGUCACAUUGUUUCUACUUUGUGCAGAAGGAAGGAGAGAGGAGGCAGAGACCUGCUGCUGUACUAGCCCCGCUCUAAUCCUCCGUGUACAGCACUCUGCUCAUAUCCCGGGGAGGGAAAGGAAGGAGUCAGGGCCGCUCUCAAACCACCCAGUUACUUGCGGAACCGGGAAGAUGGCGGCUCCCAUUCCCACCAAGCCUGGCAGUGUUGGGGGAGGCAGCAAACCGUCCUCCCCUGAGCUGGAUUUCAGGUCCGGAGCCCGAAUAGAGGAAUUAAACAAACUCAUUCUGGAAUUCAGCAAGCACGACCAGAGGGAAUAUGAUGAUCAGAGAGCCCUGGAGAUCCACACUGCUAAGGACUUCAUCUUCUCCAUGCUAGGAAUGGUACAGAAAUUAGACCAGAAGUUGCCCGUAGCGAAUGAAUAUCUCUUGCUUUCUGGUGGUGUUCGAGAAGGUGUUGUAGACUUAGACCUUGAUGAAUUGAAUGUUUAUGCCCGUGGAACAGAUUAUGACAUGGACUUUACUCUGCUUGUGCCUGCUCUCAAGCUCCAUGACCGAAACCAACCUGUUACGCUGGAUAUGCGCCACUCGGCUUUGUGCCAUUCAUGGCUGAGUCUUCGUUUGUUUGAUGAAGGGACUAUAACCAAGUGGAAAGACUGUUGCACAAUUGUAGACCAUAUUAAUGGAGCCACUAAUUAUUUCUUUUCCCCUACAAAGGUUGCUGAUUGGUUUCAUGAGUCUAUUAGUAUUGUUCUGUUAGAAAUUCAGAAGAAACCUCAGCGUGGAAUGCCCAAGGUUGAGAAGGUGGAAAAGAACGGCACCAUCAUUACCAUCAUUUUAUCAGUGGGGAGCAGCCGCAUGAUGUAUGACAUUGUCCCUGUAGUGUCAUUUAAAGGAUGGCCUGCUGUAGCUCAAAGCUGGCUUAUGGAAAAUCAUUUUUGGGAUGGCAAGAUUACAGAAGAGGAAGUGAUUAGUGGGUUUUAUUUAGUUCCAGCAUGCUCCUAUAAGGGUAAAAAAGACAACGAGUGGCGACUAUCAUUUGCCCGAAGUGAAGUUCAGCUAAAGAAAUGUAUUUCUAGCAGCCUAAUGCAAGCCUAUCAAGCUUGUAAAGCCAUAAUCAUAAAACUUUUAUCAAGACCAAAAGCUAUUAGUCCUUACCACCUCCGAAGUAUGAUGCUUUGGGCUUGUGAUAGACUUCCAGCUAAUUACUUAGCUCAAGAAGAUUAUGCAGCCCAUUUCCUACUGGGACUUAUCGAUGAUCUACAGAAUUGCCUAGUUAACAAAAUGUGCCCCAAUUACUUCAUUCCUCAGUGCAAUAUGCUAGAACACCUUUCAGAGGAAACUGUUAUGCUCCAUGCCCGAAAGUUGUCUUCCGUGAGGUCAGAUCCUGCAGAACACCUUCGGACCGCUAUAGAGCAUGUCAAGGCAGCUAACUGUCUUACCUUGGAUCUGCAGAGGAGAGGGAGUACCACUAGCAUACCAUCGCCACAGUCGGAUGGAGGAGACAAUAACCAGCCUGAUGAUCGGUUAGCCAAAAAAUUACAGCAGCUAGUGACUGAAAACCCAGGCAAAUCUAUCUCUGUUUUCAUCAACCCAGAUGACGUAACUCGACCCCACUUUAGGAUCGACGACAAGUUUUUCUAAGACCUGCUGACGGUUUAAGUUGACACUUGAUGUGAAGUUUGUGUGAUGUCAUGUUUUUACAUAUCCAGCUUUGAUUGGAUCUGUUGAGAACAACAUGAACUUACAUUUCCUGUUUCUGCAGGACAUUGCAUAUUUUGAAACAGUAUAUUACUAUUUCAUAUGCUGCUUUGACAGUUUUUUUUUUUUUUUAAUUUUUAUGGGAGAACAUGAGCCUUAAUGAUCACUU